GACUUGAAAGUUAUUGUAACACAAUGUUUGGUGUUCAUUUAAGGCAGUUGUACCGUACUUGUGAUAAGGUUAUAAUUCGUAACCUCAGAAACAGAAAGGUAGAGUCGAGGAAUCCCAACCCGGGUAUAAACAGACAAGCAAAAGCCUUUCAAGCUGAUGGUCUGCAAGUAAGAGAGGAUAAUUUUGAAGAAAUCGUUGAACAGUCAGAGAGUGACUUCUACAAUGUUGGAGAAGCGUAUAACGAACACCAGAACGAGACAUUGAUAGGCAAAUAUGAGCUUCGUCAUCGCAUCGUCAAGGAGAAGUAUUUCAAAGAAAACAUGCCUAACCUCUUGACAUGGAGUGAGAAGGAACAGAUACGUCACUUGGCUACCACUCAGCCUGAUGAGUGGACGCCCGAGAAGAUUGCGGAGAGUUUUCCAGUUACUGAACAAGUAGUCCAGAAAUUACUCAAAUUCCCAUGGAAGCCAGCCACUGAACAACGCAUCGCACGUCAUGACCAAUCAGUUGUGAGAAACUGGAAAGAACUUAAAGAGGGUUCAUUAGACAUACCUCCUGAACUCAGAAAACAUUUUCUCAAAUUCUCUGACAGAUCUAUUCCCCCUUUAAACAAAGCAUCAAUCAAAAUUGAUAUCACUCCUGAACAAGAAGACAUUGGGGAAUUUGAGAGAAUAGUUAGAAAGUGUGCAGAAAAGGAAAAUAAAGCAAAUACAGAAAAUGUUCCAGAUGAUAAAGGUACCCUUGCUUUAGCGAGUCCUCAAGCCACAAAUUCAGAGAAAAUACAUUCAAAACAGAAAAAAGACCCAAAGAUAACAACUCUAGAUGAACUGGCAGCACGGAUAAAGAAUCGUUUAGAAAAAGGAGGUAAUGUUAACAUAAAUGAUAGAAUGAUUAUGACUUCUUCCAAAACACAAAGCCCAACAAUUACUGAAAAAGUUAAGGAAGAAAUGGAGCUGUUUCAUGAAAGUCAUAAAGAAAAUGGUAUCAUGGAAUAUGAGAAUAAAAGUCAGGACCCAAAUGAAAUAAUGAACUAUCCUGAAAGAAUUAGAAUUCCAAAGAAGGCCUACAAAAAAGGUGCUACUUAUAAAGUAAACGAUUGCUAUUAUGACCAUGAUGGAAAAUUCUUAUAUAGAGUGCUAGGUAUGUCAUAAAAUGUAAAUAUGUAGUUUUAGGUAGAAAAUAAAACAAUCAAUAUUGAA